AAACCGUUAGCGAACUGCAUGGAUCCUGACCAGAUUGCACGGAUGCGCAGGCUGGUCUGGAUCCAUGCUGGUCGCAAAUGCACUAUGUUGGUUUUCUCAUGGCGCGACUCAAUUAUAUUGAAUCACUUUCGUCUUAUAAAGUUGUAUCCUUUAUAUAAACUUACCAAUCUGGUUUAAAGACACUUGCUGCAGUUUCUUGUAUGACGGAUGGGGCAAAAAUUUCCCAGUAAUAGAAUUUGUUCAAACUUUGUAUAUGAACACAGUUUCAUGUUAGAAACAGAAAAAUGCAAAAAUACAAUCGUAGGUCACCGUGCUUGUUUAGGAGUUAUCUGCCCUUAAAAUGGAUAUUUCUUCAAAUUUGCAUAUUCAAGGGCAGAUAACUCCUGAACAAGCACGGUGACCUUCGUUUGUUUUCAUCAUGACACUGUAUUCAUAUACAAAGUUUGAACAUAUGAUAUUAUUUUGGAUUUUUUUUUACCCAGAACUGCCACAACCAUCGUUAAAUCAUUCGCGAUCUUACUAUCAUGGUAGGUAGAGAUUGCUAUAUCGACUUUGAGGGUCGGUAGACUGUUUUCUACCAGUUAAGAUCAAUGUGAUUGACUUAAUUACGGCUUGUCAUACAUAAUAAAUGAAUUAGAUCUACUCCUUCUAAACAAGAUAGGAAUCUGCACUAAAAUUUAGGAUUAUUUUGUACAAUUGGAAUUGGGCGGUGUCUUCGCGCUGUUGCAUAAAAGUUGAAACGUGAAAUGUAUUAAAAUAUCAAAUGUGAUGUAAUUAUUGCAUUUGUAAUUCAGAUUUAGAAUAUAUUUCAAUCUGCAACUGUCUAAAGUGUUUAAGCAUGACACAUUGCAAUUUAUGAAUGACGAAUACAUGCAUCUUAGUUUAUAAUAAGGUCAAGUAACAGUGAACGCGGUGAAAAAUUUAAACAGUAACAUACAUGCAUUAUUUAAAAAAGUAAUGUUAAUUUGCAAAUGAAACAUAUUUUUAUACAUAUGAAAUAACUCUUGGUUUGAAGUUUUUUUGUAGUUGUAAGGUGGGAUGAUUUCCCACUGACGGACAAUUUAACACGGAAAACCUUUGAAACAUACGUUUUUGUUGUAAGGCUACUGUCAUAAAACUGUGUUGAUCACAAACGGACACGGAAAAUUGAGAGAAAACAUGUUCUAAAUACAUACUCAUAUACAAUUAUGAUGCGGGACAGAAAGAGGAUGAAAUGUUAAGGAAGUUAUACAUGUAGAUGUAACGGUUGCAGACGAAAAUGAUUCUUGUAGGAUUAGUUUUAUUGACAGUGAACAAUUUGUUUUGUUCUGCAGAUAUACAAAGAUACAAUAUGGAAGAUGAGUGUGGUACCACGAUCAACAUGAUUCUGGACAGUGUGUAUCAAAUACGGCUCCAGUUGGAUGAUAAUUACCUCGAUACUCUACAAUCAGCCGGGUCAGCCACGUGUCAGACCAACGUAGAACCAUGGUACACGUGGCCAAAUCUUAUGUUCUACUUUGAAGACCUUGAUCUGGACUGUAGAUUAGGCUAUUUACAGUUUUUUCAAAGUACAACAAAUGCAACAAGAGUGAAAGGUCUUGAAGAUGAUAUAUGCGGUGAUCAGAAGCCUGAGGGUGUAUUUACGCUGGGGCAAGAGAGAAAUUUACGGAUAGGGUAUGUGGCCAGGAGAAGUCAAUACGUGGAGGGCGUUUUCUCAAUCAUCAUCACAGCGUAUGCAGAUGAGCCAUGUCCUGUCCACAGCUUUAAGUGCGACAACUCUCGCUGUAUUGAUAGAGAGGUUCGAUGUGAGGGUUAUGAUUCCUGCGGCGACGGUUCAGGUUGUAGAUUCGAUCUGUCGUCUGCCGCUAUCGCUGCAAUUAUUAUCAGCAGCUUGGUUGGGUUGUUUGUUUAGAUCUCAACAGUCAUUUGUGUCGUCUGCUGCAUGAGGAAGAAUCGGAAGUCUCAGGAAACCGUUCAGAAUCGGACACAACCCAGAGUAGUUUAUACAGCAACUACUACUAGUACUGGAAUAAUUAGUCCUCCAGCUUACGACUCGGGACAAAGUGAUCAAAUAAGAAUGAACGGUGAAAAUCCUUUCCACCCUGAGCCGUAUCAUUCCGCAUCGCCUUCGUCACUUCCGCCAUUAAACGUUGCAGCGGGACAAGACCCCGCAUAUCCCCCUAAUUGGACAAUGCCGUCUUAUCAACAGAAUGUUUUUAGAAAUCCCCCUCCAUAUGAAGAAAUGCAAACAAACAUGCCGGAAAAUAAUGAUUCGACGGAGCGAGAACAUGAAAAUACAGAUAACGAUAUACUGGAAAACAUAACAAAUAUUGCAUCUAGUGGAGAAACAGAUAAUAAAACGGUAGAAGAGCCAACAGAUAAUAUAUCAGUAAUGGAACCACCAGGCGGUCAAGUUAGAGAGAUAACAACAAAUAGUGAAGAAACUGAAGAGUCGCCCGGGAACAGUGAACAUGAGGACAAUACUCUUCACGAAACAAGUCACGUAGCGGAUGAGCUUGCAUCAGAUGAAGAAGACAAUAAAGAUAAAAAUGAUAUAAUUGGCUCAGGAAAUUCGUUAUGGGAAGGGCAUGAUAAAGACACCAAAGUUGAAGGUGAUAACUAUAAUUCUAAAUGUUCGAAAUUAGAAAUGAAAAACAACGAUAAGACAGAUACAUUUGAAGAUGCCGAAACAGAAUCUACGAUGAACAUAGCGACUGAACGCAACAGCACACCGUGACCAUGGUGACAGAGUUACACUCUAUUGGUCACUUUUUAGACCUAGAAUGUGAAAGUUAGCGCAAUGUAAAUAUAGACAUAAGAGACUUGUUAUGUCACCUACCUGGUGCAGCAAACACUCAGUAAAUUGAAUACACGGUAUGCAUUUUGACUGCUUUGCCAUGUAACUAGUGGCAGAUAGAGUAAACAUCACAUUAAACAUUCCUAGUAAAUGAGGGUUGUCACAUAAAUUUCUGCACUUCUCAUACAGAAUUACAUACAAACUUGUUGAUUGUGGAGAAACACUCCGUUAACUGCACUUCAGUGACAAAUGGUAAUGUCUUGUAUAAGCAAAAAGCUUAAGCAUUUUUUUUAUAUUCCAGACUUUAUUUUUACAUUUAUCUAGUUUUAGAUAUGUAAAAUGGACCGAUCUUUGAUGUAAAAUAAUCCCAGUGAAAAAAAAUAUUUUUAAAAUGUAACUUCUUAAUAAUUAUGUGACCGUGUCGAUAGUUCCCAUUUUUGCAACGUAUCUUGUUCCAUUACAAUAAUAUUUUUACACGAAUCACAAGCGGCAAAUUUUAUUGAAAUAAAACAAAAAUAUAACCCAAACACACAGCAUUCACAACACGCACGUGCAUGCAAUCACGAAGGUUACGAGUAAAUAUACAAACAGAAUCUAUAAGAGGAAAUAUAUAAAGAAUAAACAUCUUAUUUUGGACUUGUGAUGCUCUUCGUAUCAGCGGCCGUUCAAAGUUACAUUUUUUUUCUGUCGUAUCUGUAAGGAGAAUAACAACUGUUACAGCCUCCUCAUAAGUGCUACUGGUUAUGGUAAAUAUUGCAGGGCUUACUGUAUCUGUAAAACUUGUUCAAUUUGUAGGAUGGUUGUAUCGCUUUAGAUACAGACAGACUUAGUUUGUUACGUUUACGCAACAUUUCAAUAAGACUAGCUUGCUUUUUACGUUUCAGAUCACAUGGCAAAUUCCAUGUACCCAUCCGGCAUCUGUUCAUUAUUUUAGCCUUCUGGCAUCUGUUCAUUUUUUAAGGCACGAGCGGGCACCUUGUGAAUAUAAAAAUAGGUAGAACAACUGACCUUCAGCAAAUCAGCUGAAGUCCUACCACACUUUACGAUACUAGUAGGGAUCGAAUCCAAAGAGGCGAAGAGAAAGUUAGCGAAUUUAACCAUUAUUAACAGUUGCUAUUCAACGUAGUCUGACCGUUAACGAAACGGGGUGUUAUAAGUUAAAGAAGGCGUAAUGAGCGGGAAUUUCAAAAACAAGUUGCAUCCUUGAUAGCAUGAUUAUAAAAAUAGCAAAAGCUGAUGUACAAUUAUUAAAUUGGUCAAAUUCACACUUUUUACGCAAAUCGCGUCGAAAAAUCACGUUUUAGCCUUGCUCUAAAUAGUUGUGACGUUGUCGUUUUUACGGCGAUUAAUUUAGUUCCGCGGCAUUCAUUUGAUAUAUCAGGUCAUUUAAAACCUGUACGGUGAUGUAAUUUUCAAAUAUGUACUCCGACUAUUCUCCGAAGGAAUGCUUACUUUAUGCAAAAAUCAUGCCAAAAUCUUUGUACGAAAUGAUUGUUUUCGAGCGAAAUGAUUAAGUAGUGUGUAAAAACUGUUCCACAGAUUUUUAAAAAACACUAUAAUUAUCAUAUCAAUUUAUUUUACUGCAAAAUGAGCGAAAAAAUACGGGAGUCUCUGAAUUUGUUUUCGCUGUAUUGUGUUAAAUUUUCCCCUACACCGCUUUUCAUGCGCAGAUUUUGUGCAUCAAAAUUUCACAAAGAACUGUUUGUACUUUAGAGAAAAAUAAGUAAAAUCACAAAAAGUUUACAACAACAUAAAUUUCCAUUUAAGUGUAUUCUAAUUCAUUUUAGCCAUUUUCCGAUUUUUAUUAUCACACUUGUAUACCUGAAUGUAUGUUACACACAAGAAAGCGUAAUGAAAAAAUGAUACUUCUUAGCUCGUUCUCCCCUCCAUAGAUUUUAUUUUUUAAUUUUCUGAAAAUGGUCCUGCUAUGUUUUUUAAUAAAAUAAGAUUACAAAAUUCCUUGACUACCGGGUUCAUUUUCACGCUACGGUGUUGGAGAUAGAAUUCUGUCUCAUUAAAUUCGUUUAUUUGAGGCACCCUAGAAAAAAUGAUACUGACACUUAAAUUUUUUAGUUUCAUAAUUGUUUACCAAUAGUUUGAUGAUUCUUUCAUAAAAAGUAAUGGUAUAAUGAAUUCCCUGCAAACGUUUUGGAUAAAGGCCGCCACUUUGAAAUUUGUCUCUACUUGACCUUGAGGAAAUACCAUAAAUUAUACAAAAUUUAUAAAAAACGGCACGGUAAAAGUUUUUAAAAAUUUGCAACAAAGUGCCAAGCACGGUCUUUUUCUCGCAUUCAAAUUGUCCCUUUAUAUGAUUUAUUUGCAGCCUUUAUUUAACGGCUUGUUGCAUUAUUCAACAAUUAUUCGUAUUUGGUUUAAGCCCGUUUCAACAGUUUCGUAAAUAGUUAAAUACAAUUUUCCCCGGAAUCCGGAGAUGUUAGUUCGAGCCCGACUAGCUACAGCGAUUCAUGAAGCGGGUAAGUUGUCAGUUUCUUACGGAGAGUGCCUACUGAAUAGAAACUAUAAAGGUUGUGUAAGCACACCUCCGUGACAUUGGACGGUUGUGAAAUGCAUAAGUGCAAUAAUUUAUUUAUUUCAUGUCCUUACACUUUUAACAUCUGGCGUUAACUUCAUGUCGCUUUGACUGUGCGAAUUUCAACCAACUUAAAAGUCAGAAUUAGCCGGGAAUAAUCAUUGCUGGUUUUUGGGUUAUACGCCCGUUUUCGUCAACAUUAUAUAUUUUUGCUAUACUCUUUUUUUCCACUGUAACUUACAACUGUCCCAUUGAAAAAUAGUAGUCAGGGGUAAAUUGACUGUACCGGACACACGAGGGAUGGGAGUAAAUUUUGAUCGGGUGAAUUAGACAAGAAACUUUUUUCUAAGGGUCAGUUGUUUUUGAAGUUUCAAAACUGGAAUUAUUUUAAAAUCUGAAUGUAUUUGUUAACCAUGGUUUAAAAUGUUAAAGCUAACAUUGUGGAAAUACGGUGUAUGCCGAUGUUGAAAAAACUAAAGUUGUAGCCUGCCCCAAUUGAUUUUGUUGUUGUUGUUUUUUUGUUCUGUGUUAAAAAGAUAUGCUUGUG